CCCUGUACUGUACGUAUGUUAACAUAUACAGUAAUUCGGUUUCUUGCCGUAAACAUAUAACAAAUAUUAAAUAUCUUUCUCUUAGCUGUGUCCUACUUCAAGUAUUCUAACUGGAGCAGUUCCUGAACCAAUUGAAAAACACCCUGCCAUAAAGUAAGUGCAAUCUGUGAAAUGAUCUUAGAAAGAUAAAUAGAUUUUGAAAGCCACUUGCUACGAGUGGAAUAAGCAUAGUCUGUCGAGAUAAGAUGGUCUGGAAUCCCGGCAAAGCCACAAAAUAGAAGAACUUUGUUUGAUGUUGAACUGUAACUCACCGUGCACAAAUCCUCUGUCUCAACUCCAUUAAAUACUAUUCAUAAAACAGCUUGGAGUAUUAAAAUGUUAUUUCUGUUUUUCUGUAGAUUCGCAGAAGAUGGUGUAAAUUUUUCAUUGAAUACAGACGACAUGUUGGUUUGUCGAACCAAUAUGAGAGCUGAAUUUGAUGUAGCUUUUAAUAAAAUGGAUUUCACCGCUGCAUUGUUGACCAAAGCAGUAAGUAAGCUUGACAGAGCUGAUAUAGCUAUCCAUUAUUAUAAAUAAAGUUAGUUUAGUUUAGGUUUCCUCCUGUAGUAACACUGGAUCAAUAAGAGAUGAUCCUUACUGGACCUCUAGGAAGAACAGUUUAGAUACUGAUACAGCUAUCCAGUAUAAAUAAAGUUAGUUUUAAUAGUUUUAUAGGUUUCCUCCUGUAGUAACACUGGAUCAAUAAGAGAUGAUCCUUACUGGGCCUCUAGAGAGAACAGUUUAGAACUGACAGAGCUAUCCACUAUAAAUAAAUUUAUUUAUCAAAUGAAAACCACAUUUUAUUUUUCCAGACGUUCAAUGCCGCAAGGUCAUGCUUUUUACCGCCGGACGAGAAACAAGAAUUAAUCGAAAAAUUGAAAGUUAUCCAUGGAGUUACACCAAACAAAGAAACUCUAAAUUAUCCAAGUCAGAAGCCCGUCGUAUGA